UUGUAAUAUGUCGCUGAAAGCAAACGUGCAGAUAGCCGUUCUUGUAUCAGCCUUCCGAACAAUGGGAGUCUGCGAGCAAGGAGACUACUACUGCGAGGUGAGGUUCUAUAUAGAAACCCCUAUUGCUAGGUACUAUGCCAACCCAGUACAACGAGAAGGGAUAAGAGAAAGUAUUCUCCAUCUUAAAGAAUCGAGAGUUAUCAAUCGUGAUAUGAUCGAUGUAAUCCCUGAACGCUCUCAAUGCAGAAAGAAAUAUACUACCCAGAUUAUGCGGAUUCGAUACAACCUUGAGGAGUGUAAUAUGAACGAGCUGGUUUUCUUUACUCAUGAAAUUGAUCUUCCUAAGGUCGAGACCAGUGACGACUGGCUGAGUGUCUACAUUCCCUUAAAUAUAGAAGUAAAGUUAUUUAAACUAGAGACAUAUGAUGAAAUGGACAUUCAGGAUUACCAAGAAGUAUCUACAAAAAGCUUCAGAGUAGGGGAUAUUGUAGAAGGAAUCUUUAAGGCAACUCCAGUAGUCUUUGACUCUCCCUACUCAUGUAUUCUCAGCACAUCAGUUUUUGUACUGAUAAAGAACAUAUCAUUCUCUGCUCGAAGUAAGAUGAGGAAGGAGUUUGAUCAGCCUAUUUUUGAAAGAAGAGAUACUAGAAGAGUCACUUAUAAAACCUCGAGAGAGGCAAAUAAGUGAAAUAUUUACAGCAUGACUAGUUUCACAGAAAAUGACUUGUACGACGAGGAUCCCCCUGAAAACUUUCUAGAACUUCUCUUUCCAGAUGACGAUGAGGAAGUCUCUGUCGAAGAUGCCCAGAAUGCAUAUGAAAUGGCCUGUAACCUAAUGAUAUGGCACUUCAACAAGAUGCGAGAGACUUAUAAAGAGUUUUAUUCACAUUUAAAGCCUAAGAGAAAGGUCCAUUUACCCGAGACUCCUGCUUUUAUUAAGCCUAAAAAGGAGUUCAGGAAAGACCUUUUUAUCAAACAGGAAGAAGAGCCUGUUGGUAAAGUCCAAGAAGAAGAAGAGAAGCUUUCUUCAGAUAAAUCAUCAACAGAGAGCAACUCAGUGUCCAUAGGGCCCCGAGUUAGAAUCGAAGAAGAGAAAGAAACCACCUUUAAGGACAAAAUUAGCGAAGCUUGGGACUACUUCACUAAUAAAGUUGCUGAUAUCUUCAGAGAGACAAGAGAUGUUGUCAUGAUUCCAAAGGCAAAAGUCGCUAAGAUUAUUGAGGGAGAAAUAUACAAGCUAAACAGAGAUAUAGUAAAAGGUUGGGAAUUCCUGAUAGAUCUCUCUAGAACACAUCCCGUCUACAUCAAGCGAUAUCAUGAAAACAAGUAUUGGAGGCUUUACAACCGUGUAAUCGAGGAAAAGAGGAUGAUAUCCAGAGAAAUUCACCAACUUGAUGAAAUAGUCCCAACCAAGGAGUUAGAUGAGAUAGCUGCCGAGAUGAAGCAACUCAGAGUAGACUACCUACAGUCCACAGGGCUUGAGACAGCCCGUGGACUCAUAGGUGAAAAAUGUAUCUACAGAGAAAAUAAUACUCCCAUAUUUUAUGAAGAAGUUCUUGAAAGAAAGGGUGGUUUUAAAUAAAUCAGCCACCAAAACAAUGACUGAAAAAGAUGAUAAAUUUGCCGAGAUUUUUGAAGACUCGAUCCAUGUAGUCUUUCUCAUCCAUGGCUUUGGAGGAAAAUCAAAGGAUAUGCAGAAGCUGUCGAAUAUCCUUGCACUCAGGUGUCCAAAGAUUAGACCAAUAAUAUGAAAAUCUGUAGAAAAAAAUGCAGACGACCCAAAAUUUAAUAUUGAGAAGUUAGGUCAUGAACUUGCAAAGGAAGUAGAAGAUGAAAUAGUCAAUGAAUGACAAGGAUAUGAUAAGCUUAAAAUGUCCUUCAUCGGACAUUCCAUGGGUGGGCUUGUCAUCAGAUAUGCUCUCAGACACUUGAGAAAGUAUAAGGAUAACUUAGAAACCUUGAUGACUCUAGGGACUCCUCAUUGAGGCUACAUGCAUUCUAAAAGUUCACUCAUUUCUUAUGGAAUAUGGGUACUAGACAAAGUUGUAGCUAAUCCUUUGCUCAAUGAAAUACGAUUAGGAGACUCCAAAGAUGUAAAAGAGAGCAGACUUUACAAGCUGUCUCAGUCUCCAGAGAUUGGAUAUUUUAAGGAAAUAUUGAUGUUUGGAUCAGACCAAGACACUUUCGCUUCCAUUGAGACUUCUCUAAUAAAAGCCACAGCAAGAAUGAAGAAGCUAAAGAAAUAUGACUCGUUCCAAGAGAUGCAAGAUAACAUACAGGAAUCUUUACUAAGUGGGAAGAAAAAGAAACGAAUAACAUUAGUAACAGUUGAUUUACAACUCAAGCAUGAUAGCUUAGGUGCCUACAUUGGUCGAAAAGCUCACAUAGAGUUCCUAUCUAAUGUUGAACUAGCCAAGAUGAUCAUGAGUAGGUACAGCUAUGCAUUCGAUUUAUAACCCCUAAUCAAUGACCUAGCUUAAGCUGG